AUGGAAAUAGAAUCAGAUAUCCCCCAUAUCCCCAACCAUAAACUAUCGGAGAAGGAGUUUUUACUCAGUACGCCAAUUUCAACAGAGGAGAGACAGAAGAUUUUUGGCGAAUUGGUAGAAGCCAUCAAAAGUGACAAACUUGCUCCGUACUACGAGUAUUUACACGAUCAAGUCAAGGACUUCCCCUUUGAUAAAUCACUUUACAAGGAACUAGCACUGGAAAAUGAAAAAGAAAUCAACGAAUUGAAGCUGAAGAUUAAAGAGGCUGAGGGAGAGGAGGAAACAGAGUUGGAUGUUGUCACCACGACAACAAAGUUGGCUGAGUACUACACGCAGAUUAUUGACAGAGCCAAUGCUACUGAAACAUUAAACAAAGUGUUGGAAUUAACUUCAGAUACCGGUAAAAAGAUUGACAUUUUGUUGACAUUGACGAGACUCGACUUUUUCUUCAAUGACUUGCCUCAAGUUCGCAAAGACCUUGAUCAGAUUUCGGUACUUAUUGAGAAAGGGGGUGACUGGGAACGCCGUAAUAGAUUCAAGGCUUACAACGGGAUCUAUUUGCUUGCCACAAGAAACUUUGCUGAAGCUUCGAAGCUACUUACAGACUCAUUAGCAACUUUUACAUCGACCGAAUUGUGCACGUAUGAACAGAUCGCCCAUUAUGCAAUUGUGGCUGGAGUGAUUUCUUUAGACAGAGUUGAUUUGAAGGAAAAGAUUAUUGAUUCGCCGGAAAUCUUGUCGAUUUACUCGUCAGCACCACAGUUGGAGCCUUUGUUAAACUUGACCAACUCAUUAUACACAUGUCAAUACAACUGUUUAUUUGACUACCUUUUACAAUCAUAUGACCAGUUGCUUUUACCCAACAAGUACUUGCACGCCCAUGCAAACUAUUUUCUUCGAGAAAUGAGAUGCAAAGCUUAUGGCCAAUUAUUGGAGAGUUACAAGUCUUUAUCAUUGAAGUCUAUGGCAGCUAAUUUCAACAUCAGCGAGGACUUCUUGGACCAAGAUUUGUGCAGGUUUAUCCCAAACAAGAAACUCAACUGCGUUAUAGACAAGGUUAAUGGAAUCAUUGAAACAAAUAGACCGGAUAACAAAAACAACCAAUACCAUUUGUUGAUCAAGCAAGGUGACGGAUUGUUGACCAAGUUGCAAAAGUAUGGUGCUGCAGUAAAGUUGAGUGGAGCUGAAAGAGUUGUAUGA